AUGCUUCUGCGGAGAGUGCCUGCUGCAUGCAGCUGGAUCUGCCUUCUGCUGCCAGUUUCGCUCUCGCUGCGGCCGCUACAACCGCCCGAGAUUUGCGCCCGCACCGAAGUUCCGGAAUUUUACGCACAGAUCUACCGAGACUUGGAGCCAUAUAAAGUCUUGGAUGAACAGCACCUGGCAUUCUACGAUGGAUUCUGCGCAAGGCGGCAGAAGGCAUGCAUUCGGCUGAGAAUCGUCAACGGUGCAGCCUAUGUCCUCGACAUGUUCCCGGGAUACCAAAGUCGUCAUCGCAGCACGCUGCAUGCGAUUUAUCGAGUGAUUUCAAGAUUUGGCAACCUUCCGGAUGUCGAGGUAACGAUUGAUCUUACCGAUGGCGAGCUCCAGAACAUCGACCUCCCGUUUCUUGUCAUUACACACAAGAAGGAAGCCCCUGUUGGUAUACUCUAUCCAGACUUCACAUUCUACUCCUGGCCAGAGAGCAUGUGCCCUUCGUCUGAGAGCGAGAUUUCUCACAACUACGACCAGCUGUUUCGCGAGUUCCGCCAGCACUGGGGGGUGAGGGCAAGGUGGCAGAACCGGAGUGACACCCUUUUCUGGCGAGGCGCUCCAGUGGAGGAUCAAGGUGCUCGUUCUGUGGCCUUGGAGCAGAUCGCAGCUGUCGAACACUCCGAUGCGAAGUUCAUAUCUUGGAAAGCCGUGUCCUCCACUGGCCAGAACGAAGUGCAGGGCUGCGUGGGCUUGCUGGAGCAGUGCAAGCACCGGUAUCUCGCCUUCCUAGCUGGCACCACCUACUCCUCACGCAUCAAGUACCAGCUGCUUUGCGGUUCCUUGGUCUUGGCCCAAGAGCCUCGCUUCCUGGAGUGGUGGAGCCGGCUUUUAGCUCCUGGAGUUCAUUAUGUGCCGGUGGAGACAAACUGGGCCAACGUGCAGCCACUGAUGCAGCUUCUGCGGCAAAACCCCCUCCAGGCCGCGAGGAUCGCGCGUCAAGGGCAGCGGCUUGCGAUGACGGCGCUGUCCCCAACGUCUGUUGAUUGCUACUGGUGGAUGCUGCUGGCCUCAAGCGCACGAGUGCUACCUCCGGCCUCCGGGCCCUUGAGCUUGAAUGCCCGGCCACUCGAGGACGUUUUACUUCUUCCCGACGAUGCCACGCUAUCCUCCCUGCAUGGCCUCAAGGGCGGCAUCUCAAUGCAGGUGGCCCCGAAGCCCGAAACGCAGGACAGGUGGUGGUCGGGGGUCGGUAGUGGCCGAGUUGUCUGCAAUGCAACUGAAAAUGAUGCCGCCGAGCGGGAAGUCGGAAGGCCGGCACAGGUACAUCCAACAUCCGGGAGCCUGGGUUUAGGGUAUGACCGGUAUGACUCAUGCUUUUCUUCGUGA